GCGCGCUGUGUAUGAUAAAGGCCCAGCAGGUCCAUAUGCGAUGCUUGGUCUCCGCAGCCCGCCCAGACCCAGUCCUCUCUGAAAGAUACUGGGACGUGCUGCGAACAGGGGACCAGGCGAGUUGGCUGUGGCUAUGGCGACCAAGACAUCAACGCCGCAAUGGCUGGAAGAAAACAAGUCAGCCUUUCUGCCGCCCGUCUGCAACAAAAUGUUGCACGGCGACGGACAGCUGAAGGUGUUCUACGUCGGCGGACCAAACGUCAGAAAGGACUUCCACAUGGAGGAGGGAGAAGAAGUGUUCUUCCAGCGGCAAGGCGACAUCAAUCUCGUGACGCUGCAAAACGGCAACUUCAAGGACAUCAAAAUCCGAGAGGGAGAGAUAUUCCUGCUGCCCGGCAAGAUCCCCCACUCGCCGCAGCGCUACGAGAACACCGUGGGCCUGGUCAUCGAACGAGAUCGUGUCUGCGGCUCCGAGUAUGACUGUCUGCGGUACUUCGCGGGCGACACGACCGAGACGCUGUGGGAGCGCUGGUUCUACUGCGUUGAUCUGGGCUUGGAGCUGGGCCCCGUCAUUCGGGAGUUUUUCGCUUCGGAGGAGUGUCGCACCGGCCAGCCGGGGGUCGGCACGUUCCUCUGUCCGCAGUACUUCCAGCCGGACGACGUCAGACAGACUGAGGAGCCGUUCUGCCUGCGGCGCUGGCUGACCUCACACCGGUCCGAGCUUGACUCGGAGGGCAGCCGGCGCCUGUUCGAUCUCAGCUACCAGACGGACGUGGUGGCGCUGGGCGGCGGCUCCUGGACGGGACACAACGCGCGUGCCGAGACCUUCCUCUGGCAGGUGGAGGGCUCGGCUGAGGUGGAGGUGGCCGGGGAGCUGCACCGGCUGCAGCAGGACAGCACGCUGCUGGUGCCGGCCGGCACGGUCCAUUCCUCCAGCCGGACCGAGGGCUGCCGUCACGAUCAGCAUCGUCAUGGACCCAGCCGCCAAGGCGCGGGCGUUCGGCCACCUGGAGAGGCCCACCUCGUCCUGAAGCCCCGAUCCGAGCCUCAGCCGACCGUGAUUGUCUGCGUAGUUCGAUUGUCUGCGACUGUGUAGUCUGCGUGAUUGCGCAGGCGAGGACCAACGCAUUUUGUUUGCGCUGGUGGACCCAGAGCUGGGGCUGCCCGCUCAGCCAGCUGCAAGAUUAAUAAUGCGUCGCUGUCUACUAUAACAUAACCAAUGGAUCCCACAUCACCGUGGUAGUUCUGAAAGGAUAAUGGGUCGAAGCUCACCACGAUUCCGCGCGCAGGGUUUCGGCAGCUUCCUUUACCACAGUACCGUCUGACGUCGAACAGCAGUUAACAGACUGCCGUGGCCAAAUUCCUGGGAACAUAACGGGCUUAAAUCAAAACGCGGAGCCUACGCGUGGGCGUCUAAACCAGAGCAUUGCGUGUACCGAACGAUGUCGUUUCAAAUCAGCCGCGAAAGCAAUGAUGAACGCCGAUGCAUUUAGAUUGUGAACCGCCGUGGUGUGGCUGCAUCAUAAAUAAAGACAAACCGGAGCGAUGGAAUC